GAGUGCUACAGACAGCGCCCAUGAAGCCUGUGGUCCUCGUUGUGCUGUGGCUAUGGCCUCUGUCCCUGCUGGCCUAUCCGAGCAUAACCGUGUUGCCCGAUGAAGAGCAACACUUGAAUCAUUAUGUACAGGUUUUACAGAACCUAAUACUGAGUGUUCCCACUAGGGAGCAGACCUCUGAGACGAAAUCAAGUUCUCCAAAUGAUGAUACUCCACAGCCGCGGUCGUUGAAGCCGGAGUCGAUGGGCACACCUGGCGUUACCCCGGAGAACAACGUCCUCAGGCCCCACAGCGAGGAAACCACCACCUUGGCCACUAGCGGCUUCCCGCUGGGCGUAGAGCGGAAAUCCACCCAGCGCACGCCCUUCUGGUCCAUCCGGCCAAAUAACGUCUCGGUGGUCUUGCGCUCGGAUGAACCUUACAUUGAGAAGGAAGAACCAGAACCCGAGCCCGAGCCAGAGCAACUGAGGACGUCAACCGAACCCCCAAGUCCGACAACCGGGGUCACCGAGCCCUGGGUGAGCACGCAGGUCACCGUCACAACCAGGUCCACCAACAUGGACGUGUCCCCAGACACCGAGGAUGUGCCCCAGCUUUCAGGCGACUCUAAGGACGAGAACUUGGAAGAACUGGCCGAACACGACCCACACAGCAUGAGACACGAGGAAAUUUUGAGAAAAAUUUCCAAUAUUAAGGCCCAGAUUCAGCAGGGGCCGCUGGGCAUCGGUACCAACCCCGAGUACAAGGAGUACAUCCAGGUGUCCAGGGAGCACCUGAAGCGCAGUCUGGCCCUCGCCGCUGCCGCAGAGCACAAGUUGGAGCAAAUGUACCGGUCUCAGGUUUUUCCAGACAGACGGACCAGCUACCACAUCGAUGACCUUGAAACUGUUAUUAAUAUGCUGUACAAUUCCAGAUCGAAAUUAUCGGAGUAUUUCAGUAUUAAACAUAUUCCACCAGAGUUGAGAGAAAAGGCUACCACCGUAUUCAGUAAGUUAAAAAGAAUAUUAUGCACAGAUCAGAUAGAAAAUCACAACCACAUUAGGAAGUUGCUAAGCAAUAAUAUAAAACUUCUAAACCUUCUUGAUGUUUCAUGAGUAAAUUCAUUUACAC